AUGGAACCGGAGCCAACCCUUGCCUCUCUCCUCAAGGCUAUCCAAACCCUCACCAGCCAAGUUGGGUCCUUGCAGGCCCAAAUCCACACUCAAGGCCAACAGCUCUCUGAGCUCAAAGCCAUAUGCAAGGAGACCAAUGACCUCGUUGGAGACAAGGAUCAGGGAGGAGCCCAAGCCAAGCCUGGCCCAUCGACUGGGCCUAUCACUCCCCCCACUCAUACAGGGGGAGAAGCGCACACUCCAGGAACGGUUAGGCCUGGACUCAAGGCCCCCUUCCGCCCUUCAAGAGGCACAGGUUUUGACUCCGAGGAAGAAGAGGAGCCAAGAAGAGCCCCCAAAAAGGAGCCUAUGGGAACGCCUAAACAAUCCCUCAGUUCCCUCACCCCCUUCAACUCCGGGUCUUCAGUGAAACAACCCAAAAUGGAGUUACCGGACCCUUAUAAGGGAGACACCAGGGGGAGGAAGGCCACACAGUGGCUUGAUCGGAUGCUCCUUUGGGUUGCCCUCCACAGGGAUCAGUUUGAUGAGGAGGAACAGAUGGUGGUAUGGAUUUUAUACCACAUGACAGAUAAGGCCGCUGACUGGGCCCUCCCCAUCAUUGGAACCAUCAUCAAGGGCAAGGGAAAUCCGCCUACCACCAUCCAGGCCCUAACGGGCAAAUUCAAGGAGGCGUUUGCUGAUCCAGAUGCCAAGAGGGCUGCCGCCAGGAAAAUUGCGGCGCUCUCCCAAACCACCACAACCUCCGAGUACGUCACGGAGUUCCGCAACCUCAUGGCGGAAUUAGACUGGAACAAGGAAGCCUAUAUCGCGCAGUUCACGCAAGGCCUCCACUGGAAAGUCAAGGAACUGCUAUCAACCAAGGAUAGCGUCCCCGACAAACUCAAAGCUAUUUUUGCGGCGUCCAUAAAGAUUGACAAUAUCCGCCGCAAAAAUGAGGAGAACCGUCCAAAGAAGGCUCCCACCAAGGCCCCGGUCACCGCAACCACCUCUACCUCCACCACUACCACCAGGGUCCGCUUAUCUGAGGACCCCAACUACGUCACCCCGGAGGAAAGGGACCGUCGCCGCGCUUCUGGCCUCUGUGUCAAGUGUGGUCAGAAGGGCCACGGAAUCAAACAGUGCCCUAACGGAUGGAAAGCCACAAUCAAGGAGGUUGCCAAGCCCUUGACUUCUAAGGACAUUGUAGAUAAUUCUGUAGAGUUUGUUUCUGUUGGUCUAGACUCCAAUAAAAAACCACUAUUGUUCAUCGAUCUAUACGUCCAAAAUUCCCUGGCAGAACCCAUCAAAACCCUCAUAGAUUCCGGCGCAACCUCAAACUUUAUAUCCCCGACCUUAGUAGAAAAACUCAAAAUCCCAAAAACCCUACUUGAAAAUCCACGAGUAGUGAGAAUGUUAGAUGGUACUAUAUCCCAGACUGGUCGCAUUUGGCACCAGGUUCAACUCGCGGUCUUGGCCAACGGCCAUUUCCACCACAUUCCUUUUCUUGUUUGCCCCAUAGGCGACACCCCGGCUAUCCUUGGCAUGACAUGGCUCACAUCGGAAUCCCCUUUGAUUGACUGGCAACAGGGACUUGUCACGUUUCCUGAACAGGCCCAGAUAGCAUCCAAAGAAGAAGCAGAUAUCAACCCAUUAGCAGACCUUCCGGAACAGUACCAUGAAUUUGCUAAGGUCUUUGGGGAAGAAGAGUUCAAAGUCUUACCUCCCCAUAGGGAAUACGAUAUAGCUAUUGACUUAUUACCGGACGCCAAACUCUCACCUGGUCCAAUUUAUGGCAUGACUGAUGCAGAAUCCAAGGCGCUGAAACAACACAUUGAUGAGGAGCUAGCAACGGGCAAGAUCCGCCCUAGUACCUCCUUGGCAGGUGCCCCAGUCAUGUUCGUGAAAAAAGCAGAUGGAUCCCUCAGGCUAGUUGUCAAUUAUAGGAAGCUGAAUGACGUCACCCAUAAAAAUGUAUACCCUUUACCAAGGCAGGACAAUCUCAUGGCUAAACUUAGGCAUGCCAAAGAAGGUGACGAAUGGAAAACGGCCUUCAGAACCAAAUAUGGCCUAUUUGAAUACCUGGUUAUGCCUUUUGGUCUUACCAAUGCCCCUGCAGCGUUCCAACAUUUUAUGAACGACUUAUUCAGGGAUCUUAUUGACGUCACUGUGGUCAUAUACCUGGAUGACAUACUGAUCUUCUCAGAGAAACCCGAGGACCACCCAACCCACGUCAGGGAAGUCCUAUCACGGCUACUGAAGAACCAGUUGUUCUGCAAACUAUCCAAAUGUCACUUCCACGUUACCACCGUGGAUUAUCUAGGAAUUGUCAUCUCACCUGCAGGCUUCUCAAUGGAUCAAAAGAAGAUAGAAGCCGUCACUUCCUGGCCCACACCCAGAACAGUCAAGCAAGUUCAGGCCUUCCUUGGUUUUGUCAACUAUCUUUGUUGCUUCAUCCCCAAUUUCAGUUUGGUAGCACGUUCCCUGCACAACCUUACAAAAAAGGAAACCCCAUGGUCCUGGGGGAACCAAGAAGAAGAGGCAUUCCAAGAACUGAAAACCCUAGUUACAAAGUCCCCGGUCCUGAUUCAUUCCAACCCCGAGCUCCCUUACUACCUAGAAACAGACGCAUCAGGAGUAGCCAUGGGAGCAAUCCUUAGUCAGCAAGGCCCAGACAACAGACUACAUCCAAUCGCCUAUAUGUCAAAAUCGUUCUCAGGAGCAGAAGCCAACUAUGACACCCACAAUAAAGAACUUCUGGCUAUCAUCAAGGCAUUGGAAGAAUGGAGGAUUUUUCUAGAAGCAACGGAUAAACCAAUCCAGGUGUUCACAGAUCAUCGAAACUUGGAAUAUUGGAUGCAGGCACGGACCUUUAAUUGCAGACACGCGCGAUGGCGCAUCUUCCUGAGCAACUUUAAUUUUGAAAUCCACUAUUGCCCAGGAAAACAGUCGGGAAAGCUGGAUGCCCUAUCUAGACGGUCGGACUAUGUUGAUGCACCCCAGGAACCAGAAAUUAUGUUACCAGCCAAAGUCUUUGCCAAUGUUUCAGAGGAAGAAAUGGACAUCAUUGCAGAAAUCCGCACCAAGUUAAGGGAUGACCCAUCACUCAAACCAAUUAUUCAGUUCCUAACAGAAGAUGCGGACAAUGCACCUCCCUUGAUCCGGAAGGCUUACAGGGACUAUGAUUGGGAAGAGGACCUACUCUGGUACCAAGGAAAAUUAGUAGUCCCAGAUUCGGAACCACUGAAGGAAAAAUUGUUAAGGGAAUUCCACAACUCCCCACUGGCAGGUCACCCAGGUCAACAAAGGACGCUUGAACUAGUCAGCAGAAGCUACUGGUGGCCUGGAAUGAAGUCCUCAGCAAAAGAAUGGGUCGAAUGCUGCCCAACGUGCCAAGCCAAUAGACAAGCCCAUGCACCGGCUAUUGCCCUCAAACCCUUAGAAGUCCCCCCUUUUCCAUUUCAUACUAUCUCCUAUGACUUCAUCACCGGCUUCCCCAAGUUGCAAGGACACGACGCAAUCUUGGUAGUGAUAGAUUCGUUCUCCAAAUUUGGUCACUUCAUCCCAACGUCAAAGAAAGUCACCGCAAGGGGUUUAGCAGAUCUAUUUGUUAGCCAUGUGUGGAAACUGCACGGAUUACCGGUCAAAACCGUUUUGGAUUGCGGAACCACGUUCACGGGAAAAUUCUUAAGGGCACUAUACCAACGACUUGGGGUUAAACCAGCCUUCUCAUCAGCCUACCACCCGGAAUCCGAUGGCCAAACGGAGAGAGUUAACCAAUUCAUUGAGUUCUACCUCAGGUCGUAUGUUGCAGCGGAUCACUCGGACUGGGCCACAUGGUUGCCAUUGGCGGAGUAUGCUUACAACAACGCAAAACACUCCGCCACAGGGAAAACCCCCUUUGAGUUGGUUUAUGGGAGAAACCCUGUGAUGAACCCAUCAAAUGUCCUGGCAAACGUUCCAGAGGCAGAUCUUGUGGCUGACACACUAUCCCGGGAAUGGCAGGAAGCAGAAUCAGCACUCAAGAUGACAAAGGAACGCAUGACAAGCACCAGAGGGGUAGUACCGGAAUACUCUGUAGGCAAAAAGGUCUGGUUAGAUGGAAAAAACGUAGAGCUAAGGACCAACUCCAACAAACUGGACCCCAAGCGACUAGGACCAUUUGAAAUCACAGAGAAGAUCUCUAGUCACGCUUACCGCCUGAACCUACCAGAAACCCUCAAAAUCCAUGAUGUGUUCUACGUGGGAUUACUGUCUAAGGUCCAUGAAUCCCUAAGCCAGCCAUUUCCUAACCAACCCCCUCCUGAAACAAUAGAAGGGGAGGAAGAGUAUGAAGUUGAAAAGAUCAUCAACUCCAAAAGACAACGAGGAAAGUGGUUCUACUUGAUAAAAUGGAAGGGCUAUGGACCAGAAGAUAACUCGUGGGAACCGGAAGAACUCCUGGAACACAGCCAAGAGGAAAUUCAACGCUUCAACAAGUCACAACUGAAAAAGGCUCGUGACUCCGCCAAGAGCCUUUAA